UCCAGGUCCUUCCUCAGGACUGACCUCCUCCUGCCCAGGGAGGGGGUGGGGAAGGCGGGUUGGAGACGCCUGAUGUCACACAGCCCUACAUAAGGGCCUCCUUUAGACUCCUGCGGGUGGUUUGGAAGCAGCUGGAGGAAUGAAUUAGGUCCUGGUUGUGGGUUUUUUUUUUUUUUUUUUUUUUUAAGUCAGACACAGACACAGCUGUUGAGCAAAAUGCAGACUCCACAGAAAACCCAAAGCCUCAGACCAUUCAAGCAGAGGAAGAGUUUAGCAACCAGACAAGAGGAAGUUGCUGGAAUCCGGGCAAAGUUCCCAAACAAGAUCCCGGUGAUAGUGGAGCGCUAUCCCAGGGAAAAGUUCCUGCCUCCGCUGGACAAGACCAAGUUCCUGGUCCCUCAAGAGCUGACCAUGACCCAGUUCCUCAGCAUCAUCCGGAGCCGCCUGGUCCUGGGGGCUUCUGAAGCCUUUUACUUGCUGGUGAACAAUAAGAGCCUGGUCAGCAUGAGUGUGACCAUGGCAGAGGUCUACAGGGACUACCAGGAUGAGGACGGCUUCGUGUACGUGACCUACGCCUCCCAGGAGAUGUUCGGCUGCCUGGGCUCCGGGAAGACCCUGCCGUCCUCUGCAGAGCAUGUCUAGAACCUGUUCUCAAACCUGCGGAGACAUGGACCAGCCCCAGUGUGUGCAGCAGGCAGUGAUCAGCACCAGCCAUCACAGGGACACCUGGCCACCCCUGUCUCCUUUGUGAGGCUCCAGGCUCCCAUGUGCUCCAUGUAAGAUGGCAUGCUGGCUCUUAGGAAUCGUGUAAAUAGUAAGUCCUUUCUAAGUAGAUCUUUAUGGUUUUGUGCGAUGAGCCGGAGAAGGAUCUAAGUGUCUUCUGUGGUGGAGGCCAGCAGGCUCUUGGGGAGUCUGGCGUCACCCCGUGUGGGCAGGAGUCAUUGUCACCCCGUGUGCGCUCCGUCAUUGGGAACUUCGGACUGAGGACGGGUCUCAGGGGAACCCCCACGUUCUUCAGGGGGCAGGGGUCCUUAUCUGUGUCGUUCCGGAGACAAUUAUUGUAUUUUCACAGCCUUCACUCCACCUUCUUUUCUCUCAGAUUCUGUUUUAUCUGUUUAUACCAUAUGGAUCUAUGCCAAAGAUACAACUGUUCAAUAUAAAGUCACUUAACUCGUAUGUGUUUGCUCUGUGCCAGCUAUGUAAGCAGGUCAUGUGUCUUAGUGUUUCAUCACAACUCUCUCUGGUUAAUUAUCGUUAUCACCAUUUCACAAGGAGGAAACUGAGGCCCAGAGAGAUAAAACAUGUUUUCCAAAUUCACACAACACGAUCUGCUGGGACUCGAGCCCAGAGAGUCUGGCUUUGGAAGCCACACUCCUGGCCCUCUGCGAGGCCCUCCAUCUGAUGAGGUUACUCUGGGAGUUCAGACUGGCUGCUUCAGCCACAGAGCCCACUUUCAUCAACUUAGCCCACGAGGGAGACUUGCAACCUGGGGAGUGUAGCAGAGCUCGGAACUCGUGGAACGAGUGACAGUGGGUGUUUGGGUUAGCAGCUGCAACACCAAGUAUGAGCACUCCAACUGUGCUUGGAGGGUAUUCGUCAGGGAAGGCUUUGUAGGGUGUUCCACUUGAGCUGGGUUUUGAAGCAUGGAUAAGAGUUUGUCUAGAAAGGAAUUUUAUUUAUUUAUAUUCAACAUACAUUUAUUGAGCACUUACUGAAAGGGAAGUCCUAUCCUAGGUGCUGGAAAGACAACACUGACCAAGACAGGUAAGGUCCCAGACCUCAGGGGUCACAGUUGAUUCUAGGAAGGGAAGAAGGACAGUAUUCAAGAUGAGUUUCCAUGCUUACAAGUACAAUAAAGAAAAACAAAACAAAACAGAAGGUAAUUAGCAGAUUUAAUCCUUUAUGUAAGAGGGUCAGAGAGAGCUUCUGGGAGGGAAGAACUUUCACUUGGACCCGAAUGAUGACAAGGAGCCAGUGGUGGAGGCUAAGCAUGCCAGGGGGAAGGGUGGCUGUGAGGUCCAAAGGUUUGAGAGCUUUACAAACGGAAAGGGUUCCAGCGUGGUUGCAGCCAGGGAAGGGGAGAGAAGCUAGGCAGGGGCCAGUCCUACAGGGUCGACUUUGCUAAGGUGUUAGGGUUUUAUUUUAAGGUUGGUAAGUGGGAAAGGAGAAGCAUUCUAACUGGAGAGAGAGACAGAGACAGAGACAGAGACAGAGACAGAGACAGAGAGAGAGACUCAGUGAAGGUGUGAUCUCCCUAACAUCCCCCAGUGGCACUGAGCUGGCCUUUGCCCUCUGCUCACUCCUGGAUCCGUGGAUCCGUGGAUCCAUCGUCCUGCUCCAGGCUGCAUUUCACUGCUCCCAGGCACCAGCCAGCCCGCUCUCCUGCCCGUGGCUGUCCUUCCCACGCCCAGCUUGCCUGCUCUCCUGCUCUACUCACUUCCUCUAACACCCAUCCAUCAAGUCCUCUCUGCCAUCUGCUGAGUGAAACAGCCUCCCAGAUUUGUUCUCCAGAUGUAUCCUUUGCUUCACCUUGAGCAGUGAAUAUGCUUCCUAAAUGAGUCCAUUUCCCAAGAUUGACUUUGACUUUGAGAGCUGGUUGGCCCUGGACAUCCACAUAACUGGCCGUGCCCGGGGCUGGUGUUCUUGCUCCCAGUCUUACCCGUCCCUGCGGCUGCUCUUGAAUCCAGCAUCUAAGAUUAUCAUCCCUCUGGAUUGUAGCUGGGUGAGCUGCUGUGCUCUGUUUUGUCUCCAAGACCCUUCCCAAUAUGGCUUCCCUCCUGCAUCGACCUCAGGCUGCCUCGUUUGUGGUGGACAGUGUCCAGUUUCCUGCUGUAUAACCAACCAGCCCAAGUUCAGUGCAUGAAACCAUCACGGUUUUUUUGCGCUUAUGGAGUCUGUGAGUAAAGAUUCCAGAAAGUGCACAGAGGCAACAGCUCCCUGCUGUCUGGGGACUCAGCUGGGAGACCCGAGGGCUGGGAGUGACUUGAACGGCUGGGAGCUGGGAUCAUCUGGAGGCUUCUUUGGUCUCACGUCUGACUCCUGGGCUAGGAUGACUCAAGGCCGGGCCCAGCUGAGACAAGAGGAGCUCCAUGUGCCUUUCCCAGUGUGGGUUCCAGGAUGGCCGUCCUCAGAAGGAGAAGUGGAAGGGCACGUGAUCCGAGGAACCAAGACCGCAGCUGACCUGUCCCUAGGUGAUGAAGUCCAAUUGAUUUGGGUCCGGAUUUUUUUUUUCCUUUAUUUUCUUAGCAUCUACUCAGAUGCAUAAGAUUAAAUGGCAAUGUGUACUUCUGUAAAUUAUGACUACUUUCUGUUACAGUAUUCAUCAUUGUCUAUUGAUUUUUACGAGCUCACAAAGUUGAGUGAUUCCCUCUUUGUAUACCAUAUGUAUUAAAAAUAAUUACCCAGUUCCUUUGGUCUUGUUUAUGGCAGACUGUCUUACAUAACUCCUUUUUAUUCUUCUGUGAUCUUUUCCUUGUGGAUUCUGAGUUCAUGUUCUCAAUAGAAAGUUUCUCCUAACUCCGCGAUUAUAAAAAGUAUAUACCCAUCCUGUGUUUACUUCUAGCACUAUGUUUCCAUUUUGUUUACAUUUAAGUAUUUGAGUGAAGUGGAAUUUAUUUUGGUAACAAAAGAAAGUAUUCAGUUUCAAUGCUUAACCAAGUGUUACCAGCACUUUUAAUAAGUUGUCCAUGGGUAUUUGAAUUCGCUGUGGUUCUGCGUUUUUGUCUUAGUACCAUAAAAACAAAAGAAUGCUUAAGAACAA